GGGCCUUCGGAGACUCCGUGACGGGCUACAAUCUCCCCGACUCCUUCUCGGCGGCCCCCUCCUACGCCGACCCCUCCCUCCUGACGGCCGUGAUGAAGCAGGCGGAGCAGGCCAACUUUAGGUACCCGCUGGCCACCACUCGCCGCCCUCCGGCCGACCAGGCGGCGUCGGGCAGCGUGUCGAGUGCUUCGCAGGCCACCGACAACGACCUGAACGCGUACUCGCUGUUCCCGCCUCAGUUCCACGAGCUGCUGGCCAUCCCGCUGCACGUGUACAAGAACGGCUCGACGUACAACCCGCACGGGCGGCCCCACCACGUGCCCCUGCGCCCCUUCAUCUCCAAGGGCUACGCCAACACCAAGAUCCAGGGCGGGUCCAAGGUGCGCGUCCCCGAGAAGCAGGACACGCCCCACGUCGCCUACAAGCCCAAACCCGUGUACGAGGACGCCCCCAAGCGACCCGCGACCAAGUACCAGACCACGACUCCCUCGCCUACCACUUCGACGACCUACCAAAGGCCGAGACGGCCAACGUACGCGUCGCCCCCUCCACGACCAUCUUACCAACCGACAGAAAGCACGACUACCGAGACUUACGACGAAACGACUGUCCCCUACUACUCACGACCCUCUAGCCUCCCCUUCCGCCCCCCUACCGGCUCCUCCCCGCCCCGCCCGAAGCCGACCCGCAGAGACCCCCCCACAAAGGAGUCGUUCGACUACAAGAGACGACCCACCAUUCCCAGCGACCUCCCCCCCCUGAGGUACACCCGUCGCCCCUCCACAUACACGACGCCAACCACGACAGAAAGACCCACGACCACCCCACGGCCCACGACCACCCCACGGCCCACGACCACCCCACGACCCACGACCACCCCACGCCCAGCCACGACUUUCCGCCGCACGACUUACGCCCCGCCGCCGACCACCACGCGCCGCCAGCCCGACUUCAGCUACGAGACGUUCAGAGUGACGUCGAAGCCCGCUGCGGCUGCCCCGGCCCGCGACGCCCUCCCGACUUCGUCCCGGCCCACGCCCGGCGGCCGCCCGCGCCCCACACCCGUGCAGCAAGACCCCCCGGCCGCUGCCGUCCAGCCUAAGCCUACGCGCGUCGAAAGGCCGCAGGCGGGGGGCGUGGUUGAGUUCCGCCCCUCGAAGCUCGACCCGUUCCUUCCCCCGAGGUCGCCGCCCACCACCUACCGCCCGCCCGCCGCCAGCAGCCACUUAACCCCCCAGGGCACGCCGCAGCAGCUUCCUCCGGUAGUCAACACCUUCCAGCCGCCCAUUCCACCCGCGUCUCCGUCCAGCUCGGCCCCGCCCUCUCUCGACCGCCUCCCGCCUCCGCCGCAGCCGCCCAGCAGGCCUUUCGUCCCCCCACCUCCCCCUCGCCCCCCCACCCGCCCACUCUCUCCCCUGCCUCCAUUGCCCUCGGGCCGCCCAGUUCUCCCUCCGUCUCCUGCGCCCGCCGAAGGCCGCCCUGUCUUGCCUCCAGCCUCCUUCGGGCCUCCGCCUCGCCAGCCCGCCCCGCUCGUGCCGCGUCCUUCGCCUGCCCAGCUCCCCGCCCCCAUCCCUGGCACCAAGAAGCCGACCCGGCCCUGGAAGGACGCCUCGCAUGCCACUCACUUCCAGAUCAUCGAGGUUCCCGAAGCCUCGCCGCCGCGCCCUCAGGACGUCGCCGAGCAGCCUGACCCGGGUUUUAACCUUCCUGCAGAAGCUGAUAACCUCCCGAGACGCCCGCAGGCCCAGCCGGCGAAGCCCGACCUGGACGGAGUGAACGUCUUGCCACGGUUCCGCCCGAACGCCCCCCCGCAGCAAGAGACUUUCGGAUUCCAGGACCCCCCCAGGAGAGUCUUCAACACGCGCCCCCGCCCUCUGCGCCCGGACAGACGCCCAGUCCUUAGCAAACGCCCACAUUUCUUGGAGAACUUCAAUUUCUUCGGUCGCACGCCCGUAGACCGGCGGCGGGGCGAGACGGGCCCUCUGGUAGACACCAACAACGCGAACGUCAAGGUGAGCACCAAGCAGCCGGAGGGAGACGCGCUUCGCUACAAGCUCCACCACGGCCCCGUCCCCAACAACGCGCAGAAGGUCGUUGUGAUCGGACCGUUCAACCAGCCUCCGCCCGGCGCGCCCAUCAUCCCCCUGCCAGACAAGGAGCAGCAGGCCGCCCCCAGCCCCUCCAGCGAGCCCCGGUCCCUCUUCCUCCUCAGCCGCUCAUCCAGAAGCCGCCGGUGA